GAAUCGACGAUGAAAGAAUCACAUCAUCACAGCAAAAACUCUCACUUCUCUUAACACUAAAUCCAGAUCUUACAAAUUAGUAUCGCAAUGGCCAAGGCAGACAAGAAACCAGCGGAGAAGAAACCGGCAGAGAAAACUCCGGCGGCAGAAACCGCGGCGGCAGAGAAGAAACCAAAGGCUGGGAAGAAGCUUCCGAAGGAAUCCGCCGUCGCCGGAGACAAGAAGAAGAAGCGAUCGAAGAAGAACGUCGAGACUUACAAGAUCUACAUCUUCAAGGUGUUGAAGCAGGUUCACCCAGAUAUCGGGAUCUCGAGCAAAGCCAUGGGGAUCAUGAACAGCUUCAUCAACGACAUCUUCGAGAAGCUUGCCGGCGAGUCUUCGAAGCUAGCGAGGUACAACAAGAAGCCGACGAUUACUUCCCGGGAGAUUCAGACGGCGGUGAGACUCGUCUUGCCUGGAGAGUUGGCGAAACAUGCUGUUUCUGAAGGUACCAAGGCGGUGACCAAGUUCACGAGCUCUUAGAUUUUCAAGGAUGUGUAAUGGUUUUAACUAGUAGUCGGUAGUUUUAAGCUUUUGGGGAUCUCAAAGCGUAUGUUAUUUGGGAAUUAGGGUUUCUUAUUUUGGAAGAAAUAUAUUAAGUUCAAUUUUUAUUUCUA